AUGGUUCUAUUGACAUCAUUCAGUGCCAGAGAUUUUUUCCCUUCUUUAGGAUGGAUUGAUGUUCUUACCGGACUAAUCCCAAGUUUGAAAGCCAUCGUUAGAGAAAUUGAUCCAUUAUUAGAUCAAGUCAUUGAAGAACAUAGGAAAGUGAGAGUUGAUGAUCAUGGCCAACCAAAUAAGAAAGAUUUUGUUGAUACUCUUGUCCAACUUCAAGAGGAAGAAACAAGAGUAUAUGUCAAUGUAUGGGCAAUCCAGAGGGAUCCAACUGUAUGGGAGAGGCCUGAAGAAUUUCUCCCUGAGAGAUUCAUUGAUAACGCAAUCGAUUUCAAAGGCCAAGACUUUGAAUUUCUUCCAUUUGGAGGUGGGAGAAGGGGAAGCCCAUGGUUGACAUUUGGUCUCACUUCAGUUGAGUAUGUGAUUGCCAAAAUGUUAUGUUGGUUUGACUGGAGGUUGCCGAUAGCUAGUAUAAAGGGGCAAGACUUGGGCAUGGGAGAAGUUUAUAGGCUCACUGUGGCUAGGAAAAUUCCUCUUCAUCUGGUACCUGCUAUAUUGCACUCUCCUUGA